UUCUGCCACAGGUCGCACGGAUCGCUUUGCACGAUUGGUACAAGGAGGGCAGCACAGAUCGACAUGAGGACGACGCGGCAAACGAUACGACAAUAAUUCCUCUCACUCACUACGAAUCCUCUUCCCAUUCAUCGCCACACAGCAUCCGGCCUGCUGUCGCCUCGACGACGCGCGCAGCCCUGACGGGCCUCCAUCGCCAUGAGAUUGCGACCCUCCACGCCGCUGUCAGUGGUGCUGGCAGCAGCGUUCGCGUUGCUUCUCCUCGCUGUGCUCUCAGCGCCCAUUAUCACUUCCAUCCCACUCGGCUCAUUCGAGGGCUACACAUUUGGCGUCCUCGGGUACUGCAAACCUGACGGCUCGUGCACGAGUCUGGGCAUUGGCUAUGACACGGACAGCAAGUUGAAGGAUAACAACAGUGCUUUCGACAUGCCCAACAGUGUGCGGGACACCCUGUCCAUGGUUCUCAUUCUUCACCCGGUUGCAGCUCUGCUGGUCCUGGUCAUGUUCAUACUCGCUGUCACGUCGCACUUUCAUGCGCCUUCUCACUCCUCGCGAUACCUACUCGCCUCGUUCGUCUUCACCAUUAUUACUUUCCUAGUCUGUGCGGCAGCCUUUGUGGUCGAUGCCCUUAUGUUCAUGCCGCACAUGGCCUGGGGCACCUACAUUGUGCUUGCCUCGACCAUCAUGGUGGCCCUCAGCGGCGUGGUCACUUGCAUGAUGCGUCGCUCGCUCAUCAGCCGCAAGACGCGUAGAAAGAAGAUUGCCGAGAACGCGGAAAUGAGUGGCGAGAACUACUACAACCGCGAACCCACCAAGCCCAUGGGCUUCAACGUGGCACCUGCUGUCUCUGCAUCCAGCGGCGCCAACGGCGGCACCGACUCGUUGCCCACAUUCGCCACGUUUGAACAACACAAAAAGGACGACCAAGUCAGCGACGAACAGAUUCCAUUGACGCAACGGAGCCCUUCGGCUGGCCCUCACGGGAGCCGGCCGGGUGACGCUGCCACACUGAGCGACUCAGCAACUCGGAUCAACGCUCCUAUGAGGUCUGCUUCGCGCGACAGGUUCGGGACACCCGUCAAUGGACCGACCGAUGCAUACGGCGUGGCCAGAGGUCCUUCUAUGGAAAGUAUGCGCUCUAGAGGCUCUCAACAUGCCUACCGUGGAGGCCGGGGUGGACAUGGCCCAGGCCGCGGUGGUUUCGAUAUGUACGGUGCACCGGUGAGAGGCAGAGGCGGCCACGGCCCACCAGGUCGAGGCGGAUAUGGCCCUCGUGGUGGCCGUGGAGGCCGUGGCGGUUAUGGGCCUCCCCCACCUCAUCGUGGAGGAUAUGGACCAGGCCCUAUGCGAGGUGGCCGAAACCCGCCACCGCCUGGUCCAGGCUUCGCUGGUCACUAUGACCGGCGUCCAUCUCCUGCUGAUGGCUACGGGCAGCAUGGCCGCCGCAUGUCCAACGGCUAUACCGACCCAAGUGCGGAGUCGUCGGCACAGAACCUCGCCGGUGGUUAUGAAGGGUACCAAGGGAACAGUGCCGAGGGUUACAACUUGCCACGUGCUGAGUCUCCGCCCCCAAUGUCAAAUGAUGGGCGAUCGGGUCAGGCUGUUGAGAUGGAUGCGACAUCUGUCCCUGCCGAUCCCAACCAGGGGUACCAGCCCUACAACGGCCAGUUGCGGGACAACGAUUCAGAUGUUGCCGGUAUGGUAGGACUGCAGCAGGGUCGAUCUCCCGACAGACACGACACGUACAUGAGCGGCAGCGUGUACAGCAAUGAUGAGCAACAACAGUUCGUCCCAGCUCGUCAAGCGUGGAAUGACCAGGGGCGGAGCUCGCCACGGACACAUUCCCCUCUUCACGCGCAGCCCUUGCCGCAACACGACCAAGCAGACUACUAUGAAGACAUUGAUCCUCGGUUCGCUGCGCCCACACAAGGCCCGCAGCAGGGGUUCCUGCACCCUCAUGGCAAUGAGCCCAUAUACGAGGAUGUGCACGCGCAAAACAGCGGCGCGCGCAGUCCAGCCGAGUCCGAGAGAUCUACCUUCACGUCGAUCUCCCAACGAGGUGUGAACCCGCAAUGGAACCCGGCUCCUCCAAUGCCCCAACACCGAGGGCCUCCCCCACAUCGCCAGCAACAGCAGCGUCAGGACAUGAUCCUCGACAACCCCGACUUCCAGAUUCGUGGACCUCGUAGUGGAGGACCCAGCGCCACGGCUGGAGGAGCUCCUGGCAUGAUCCCAGGCAGUGCCUACCCAACUGGGCCGCUCUAGAGCCUGGAAGUUGAUUGUGCAUUGCUGGCCUCCUAUUUUUUUCGUUCGCGCGUGUACAGGUCCUCCCAAUUUUGAUCAAAUAUAACGCUGCCAGUCUGCAGCAAACUGCACCAGCUGGCUUCCCUUCGCUACGUUCCUUUACCGAAACUUUCGCCAGUACGGGAGUGUCAUUUCGCCGCGAGACAUUGUCACUUACUUGGCCUCAUCCUUUACGAGUACUCUACGUUCAGA